UUAACUAGUUAGUGUUUCUGUAGCUUUUUCAGUGUUAGUAAAUCCAGUUUUUAUAGGUUUGUGUAAUACUCAAAAUAGCAGGACAUGAUCAGUCUUGUUCUGUUUCCUUUGCAACUACACAUGCACACUACAUACAUCAGCCUUUGUAUGUAGGUAAAUGAUUUACAACAUUUUGCUUUUGGUAAUUUAGCCAAUUUUAAUCUUCGUCAGAGUCAGUUGUGUAGAUUUAAGUGCUCUUGUCUUGCAGUUAAAAUUAGUGCAUCUGUAACUUUCUAAAUAUCUGGAAAAGGCUUUAUAAAGGAAGCAUUGCAUUAACGGCAGUGAACUUUGGGCAAUCAACCCAUCACACCCCAACCACCCCCUCACUCCAAACCCCUGUUAAGCACAUACAGCGCAGAGCUAUACAGCACAUGUGCCAACACUGAUACAAUUCAAUUUAUAAGAAACAAGUGCCAGAUAAUCACAAUUAAUCACGAGGGUUAAUGGUUUUUGGUUGGGUUUUUUUUAUAGUUUUUUUUUAUUUAUUAUUGAAGAUUAGAAAAAUUGUUAGCAAGUAAAUUUAUGUCUUUUCAUAAAUCAUUCAGCUUCAUUGAAAUGUGUGUGGAUAUCUUAUCUAAGUAGGUAAAAGUGCAAUGUUUGUGUGGCAACAUGCAGUGCAGUGUGAUCAGAUCUGCCAGUUGCAGGAUAUAUUGAGCCUCCAGGAUCACAAUACAACAUACAAGACAAUACCCUAAUAAUAUACACUACAUAGGCAACUACAGCUCACAUUCCACAGUGAAAUGGUGGCGUGGAGCUCAUAUUUGGCACUACUCAUCAUUUAAUAUUCAUAUAUAGUUGCAUUUGAUUUGCUUAUGCAAAAGUAUUCCUAGUAUUGAGCAGUUACACUGUAGAAUUAACACAUAUAAACUUAUUUAUGCGACGGCGCUGUUGGAUUCGUGAGUGUGCUGGUCAGAAGGUGUUGACUAAUUUAUUAACAGAGGACUUUGCUCUUUCCAGUUCCUCAGUAACAUGUCGAGCUGCUUUUUUUUUUUUUUUUUUGCCUUAACUCCAAGAAAGAGACAAAAGAGACUGAAGAGGGGAUGACAAUUUAUUGCCCAACAUUAAACAUACUCAUAAAUAACCAUGGCUAAAAACUAUGAUGUGCCAUUCUAUAUUAAAUAAAAAUUAAAAUCAUUGGCAAAUGUUUUGUGGUUUAAUACAGGCUGCUGGAGGAAAGCAAUCAACUUCGGGGUGGUAACAGUAACUUUGUGUCAGCCCACAUCAUACCACCACAGCACUGAUUAUUUUCCUACACCAGCACACCCUGAAGUGUUUUAUUGUCAUUCCUCUUUCAGCUGCUCCUGAUAGGGGCUGCCACAGUGGAUCAUUGGUCUGUGUAUUUGAUUUGGCACAGUUUUUAUGCUGGAUGCACUCACUGAAGCAACCCUGCCCAAUUUUAUUUGGGCUUGGGACUGGCACUGAGAGCGCACUGUUGCAUGAAACCCCAGUGGCUGGGGUUGGUUCCCUGGCUGGCGAAUUGAACCCGGGCCGCAGCAGUGGGAAUGCUGUGGCCUAACCACUAGUCCUCCAGGGACCCAAUGAAGAGUUUUAUACCUAUGGACAAUGGUUCAGGCUAAGUUUUGGAUACUUCGCAAGCACUUUGUGGGCUUUCCCAAGGACAGUGACUUUGAACUGAAAGAAGAGAAUCUGCCAGAACCACAAGAUGGAGAGGUACUGCUGGAGGCUGUUUUCUUAAGUGUGGAUCCAUAUAUGAGGCCAUACAGUCGCUCUCGCCUGAAGGAAGGAGAUACAAUGCUCGGAACUCAAGUGUCCAGGGUGGUCCAGAGCAGAAAUCCUAACUAUCCUGUGGGCAGUUAUGUGGUUGCAAACUGUGGCUGGAGGACACACUCUCUAUCUGAUGGCUCUGACCUCAGGCUGAUUCACUCUGAUUGGCCAAAGGAGCUGCCACUUUCUCUGACUCUUGGGACUAUCGGCAUGCCAGGACUGACUGCUCUCUACGGUCUCGAAGAGAUCUGUGAGAUUAAGGCAGGAGAAACCCUUCUGGUUAAUGCUGCAGCUGGAGCAGUGGGCUCUGUGGUUGGACAAAUCGCCAAAAUCAAGGGUUGUAGAGUGGUGGGCUGUGCAGGCUCGGAUGAGAAGGUUUCCUAUCUCAAGGAGCUUGGCUUUGACUAUGCCUUCAACUACAAGACCGUCAGCUCACUGAAGGACACACUUCUAGAGGCAGCACCACAAGGAUACGACUGCUACUUUGAGAAUGUAGGUGGAGAGUUCAGCAGUGUUGUGCUGCCACAGAUGAAGCAGUUUGGCAGGAUCGCUGUCUGUGGGAGCAUCGCCACAUACAAUGACACUGAAUUACAAACAGGGCCAUACGUUCACACUCAAAUGAUCUUCAAGCAGCUGCGUAUGGAAGGAUUUCUGGUGUUUCGGUGGAAGCACAAAGACCAUGACUCUAUCAAGAGAAUCCUGGACUGGGUAAAAGAGGGAAAGCUCCAGUGCAGAGAACAUGUCACUGAAGGCUUUGAAAACAUGCCUGCUGCAUUCAUGGCUAUGCUAAAGGGAGCCAACACUGGCAAAGCUAUAAUAAAAAUAUGAAUAAAAUAUGAGUGAAUGUCAACUCACAAAUCAUUCUCACCUUUCAAAAAUCACUCAAAGCUCUGUGUGUUUCAUAAAUUCCUAAUUUUAUCAGCUAUAAUUAUUCAGGGGUGGCACAAUGGUGCAGCAGGUAUCGUUGUCAUCACACACGUCCCCAGCUCAAUCUUAAGUUCAGAAAAUGAGUAAAAGAGAGAGGUCAAAGGAGAAUGGCCUGGCUGGUUUGAGCUGAUAGGAAAGCUACAAUAACUCAAAUAACCACUCUUUACAAUCGUGGUGAGGAGAAAAGCAUCUCAGAAUGCACGGCAUGCCGAACUUUGAGGUGGAUGGGCUACAACAGCAGAAGACCACAGGAAUCUGAGGCUACAAAUUGGAAAAACAUCACCUGGCAUUGUUGCCAAACUGUCCAGUCUGGCACCAACAACCAUGCCAUGGUUAAAGUCACUGUGAUCACAUUGUUCCUCAUUCUGGUGUUUGAUGUGAACAUUAACUGAAGCUUUUGACCUGUAUCUGCAUGAUGUAAUGUGUUGCACUGCUGCCACAUGAUUGACUUAUUGUAUAAAUGCAUGAAUGAUUUUACCAAAUUGUAAGUUUUUUUUCCCCAAGCAAUAAAACAGAUUAACUAUAAAACCA